GAGCAAACUUGGAGGUGAAUCCUGCGCUGCCGUUUGAUUCCACUGACGCGUUGACUAUUACGUUGGAUCAUGCUGCGAGUCAGGUGUCUGAGAGGAGGUAGCAGGGGGGCCGAGGCUGCCCAUCUGAUCGGAGCCAUGCUGGGCCGGGCGGUGACCGGAUGGGUGCAUGGGGCCUUCCAGAGCACUUCCAGUGCAGCUGCUGCACAGCCGCACCAUGCUGUUGAACAUGUUACUGAGCCUGUCCAGCAGGAGUGUCCUGUGUGCAGUUACAAUGAAUGGGACCCUCUUGAGGAGGUGAUCGUGGGUCGUGCCGAAAACGCCUGUGUGCCUCCCUUCACCGUGGAAGUGAAAGCUAACACAUAUGAAAAGUAUUGGCCCUUCUACCAGCAGUAUGGGGGCCAGCAAUUUCCUGCGGACCACUUAAAAAAAGCUGUUGCUGAGAUUGAGGAAAUGUGCAAUAUUCUGCAACACGAGGGCGUCACUGUGAGGAGGCCGGAGCCCAUGACCUGGUCCGAGGAAUACAAAACUCCAGACUUUACAUCAUCGGGCAUGUAUGCUGCCAUGCCCAGAGACAUCCUCAUGGUUGUGGGGAACGAGAUUAUCGAGGCUCCUAUGGCCUGGAGGGCUCGCUUCUUUGAGUACAGAGCCUACAGACCUUUGAUCAAGGAAUACUUCAGAAACGGUGCUAAAUGGACCACUGCUCCUAAGCCAACCAUGUCCGAUGAUCUGUAUGAUCAGGACUAUCCCAUCCGCACAGUGGAGGACAGGCACAAGCUGGCCGCCGAGGGGAAGUUUGUGACCACGGAGCAUGAGCCCUGCUUUGAUGCUGCCGACUUCAUCCGAGCUGGGAGGGACCUUUUCGUCCAGAGGAGUCAGGUUACAAAUUACAUGGGAAUUGAGUGGAUGCGCCGUCAUCUGGCUCCAGACUACAACAUCCACAUCAUCUCAUUUAAGGACCCAAACCCCAUGCACAUCGAUGCAACUUUCAACAUCAUUGGGCCCGGACUGGUGCUGUCAAACCCCGAUCGUCCAUGUCGCCAGAUCGACAUGUUCCAGAAGGCUGGUUGGACUAUUGUGAAACCUCCAACACCUCUUAUUCCCGAUGACCACCCACUGUGGAUGUCCUCCAAAUGGCUGUCCAUGAAUGUGCUGAUGUUGGGUGAGAAGCGCGUUAUGGUUGACGCCAACGAGAGCACAAUUCAAAAAAUGUUUGAGAGCCUCGGUAUCAAGACCAUAAAGGUGAAUAUACGCCAUGCAAACUCCUUGGGUGGUGGCUUCCACUGCUGGACAACCGAUAUCCGCCGCCGUGGUACCCUGCAGUCCUACUUCCACUAGCCGUGCCAGAAAGAGGCAGUUUUUAUUGAGCUUUGAAGAUUAAAGCGACAGUUUGGAAUCUUGCAUCUACUAUAAUCAAUGAAUCUUUAUCGUCAGUAAAUUUUGUACGUACACAUUAAUCAGAGACCUACUUCCUGCACAUUUCUUUGGAAAAGUAGUUUCUUUAGGUGUCACGCACUGCAGCUCAAAGUCAAAGCAGUACACUGUUUAAAACUUGCCUGCACCCAAAUAACAAUAGCACAAUGUUAUCUUAUUAUAACUGCCUUUGCAAACAGCUCUGUAUUGAUAUAUCCAUAUGUAUCUACAUGCAUAUACACAUGCUCAAUAGCAACAAAUGAACAAUACUUCAAUCAGUUAUCUCAAUAACAACUGCACUUCUGGCCCGGCUAUUGCUAUUUGCUAUGUGAAAGUCACCAAACAUCGAGAAAAGAAGCUACCUCCUCAUGGAAACGUCAGACACCAUCUUUUUCCUAAGUGUUUAAUCUUAUUUUAAAAAAAUGUAAAAAAAAGUUGUUAAGUAGGUUAAAUGUAUUAUCUCUAGUAUAUUGUUUUGUAUAGAUUUUAAUUGAUUUCACAGACAAAGUUAUAUUUAUAUUUUUCAUACUCUUGAUUGGAUUAUAUAUUUACUCAAAAAGUUUGCGGUCCUUAUCAGAUAUUGUGAACCUUUUACCUUUUCUUCUAUUGCAAAUCUGGGCCAGUUAUACUUGAUGCUACUAGUAUGUGACUAAUUGGCUGCUUCUGUCUGCAAUGCAAAAAUGCCUAAAGAAUGAAACGUGUUUUUUGUGAAGAUGCUUUGUGAUUCCUUUGAUGUGUUGGUUAUGGGAUGUUGAAGUCUUAAGAUCUAAGUGAACAGACAUAUGCAAGGGAAAUUUUGUACGAUGCAAUAUUAUUAAAUGUAAUUAAAAAUA